GUCUUCCUUUUUCAGUGAAAGUCAUUCUCUUGCACACAAAAGAACGCCUCUCUUUCUCUCUCUCGCUCUCUCUGUCAAAGAGAAACCUCUUUUAAGGCUCUCCAUAUUCAAAACUAUUCAUAAAACAAUACCCAAUUCGAUUCCUUUUUUAUUUCUUCAUUUCUUUUCAGUUUUCAGUUCCUAUUGCACUUCAAAGUCUCAUCAAAAUUUCAAUCAAAUCAGGUAGCAGUUUAUGGGGCAGCAAAAAUGAGUAAAAUUUUAGAUGGGAUAUUGGAGAUAAAGUAAAAGGAUAAUGGGAGGUUGCUGUUGCUGUUCCUCUAAGGGAGCUGAAAUAAAUAGUGCACCUGCUUAUUAUUAUUACCCUAGAGCAUCAGAAGAGCAUGUCCCGCUAUCAUCUCGCCAUGGUUCUGUGGCUACCCUCUCAACAGGACUCCUGGUUGAUACAAACCUUGACACAUCAGUCCCUGAUGCUUAUAGGCCACCCCCUCCUCCUAUCCCAUUUGAAAUGGCUAUAGGAUGUCCCCAAACACCACAAGGGGCUCAGGAAACUUCUUCUGAUAAAGAUGAUGGAACAGUGCAAACAACAAAUUCUGGUUCUGUUCAAGAAACAACCUAUACUAAUACUCGAGAAACUUCAAUUAAGUGUGAGGAUGUGAAAGAGCCGGACUGUAAGGCACAAACUAAUUUAGAACUUGAUUCAGCAAAGGAGCUAGAAGUUGAAUUCUCAAAGUCAGUUGAGCUUCUUGUUUCUGCAACAGAGGAAGAGGAUGUUUGUCCCACUUGUCUAGAAGAGUAUGAUGCGGAGAAUCCAAAAAUAACCACAAAAUGUGAGCACCAUUUUCACCUAUCAUGCAUUCUUGAAUGGAUGGAAAGAAGUGACACGUGUCCUGUUUGUGAUAAGGAGAUGAUAAUUGAUCCUCCUCUUGAUUAGUGGUUAAGCAGAAAUUUCAACCUUGAUCAAGUUCCUAGCUGUUUGAAAUUUAAGUAUGAGAAGCGAAAAUAUAGAAAUGCACAAAAGUUUUAAGUUCUGUUGCAGCGACUCUUCAAUGGUUGCCACAGAUUUGGCUGCAGCUAUUCGUUUUAUUUUUUUAAAGUCUCAGUGCCAUGUCAAUGCAGAAUGUGUUAAUUUUUGCAGGAAAAAGAAAAUGGGGAAGGAAAAAAAUAGGGGGAAAAAAAAGAGAAGAGGAGAGGGGGAUUGGAGGGAAGAAAUAGAAAUGACAAUAGGGAGCAGCUCAUCCUACACCAUUCCUUUUGUCCAUUGCUUCCGUACUUGUUUCAAAAUAGUGCAGGUGAUAUAAUGCCUGAAAUCACAUAGUUUGACCAAAUAUUUUGUUAUUGCCCACAGAAAGAAGUCAACAGUUGGGUUCUCCCCUUCAUUCCCCUCUCUCACAGUAUAGCUUUUCUACAGUUUGCAAAUUGAAUACCGAUGACAGUUGCUUCUUUCUUUUUAACUGUUUAUGUAAACGACGUAUGGCUGUUACUGUUGUCUUCAUUUUAUCUGCUUGUGGGGUUACAUGGUCAGUGUAAGGAAGGAUGAAAAAAGGAGUCAUUGUUUUUCUGGAUGAUUUAUGUAUAUAAUACUCGGUCCAAUUUUUACAUGAAGGUUUGGUUUUGUUGAUUUGCUGAUAA